AGCGCACAUUGCUGCUCCGCGGUGCAUGCUGGGGUUUGUAGUCGCGGCCCAGCGCACAUUGCUGCGCCGCGGUGCAUGCUGGGGGUUGUAGUCCGGCCUGGCACCGUCCAGCUGACCGGAACAAGCGGCGGCCCCGUCGAGAUGGCGGCGGCUCGGGCCGGGCGGCGCUGAGAACGAGGAGCGGGAUGGCGGCGGCGGGGGCCGGGGCCCGAGCGGAGCUGCGUGUGCUGCUGGUGCCCCGCUCGGGGGAGCCGCCGGGAUGGGCGCGGGUGCGGCUGAGCAGAGCUCGGGACGCUCUGGGCACGGUGCUGCUCACAGGAGGGAUCUGCCUGGAGCCGCUGGGGCCGGGCCGGGCCCGGGGCAGCGUCCUGGAGGGAGCCUGGGCCGACUUCAUGUGGGACAGCACAGAAGAGGAUGGUUUGCAAUCAAACAAGACAAAACUCCUGGCUCUUGCUCAGAGCCACGACCUGUUUGUCUAUGAAUUCAGUGUGGAAGAUGGAAAACACAACCCCAAUUCCCUGCACAGUUGUAAGGAAGAGACACUUAAAAAGCUCCUUGAAGCUGAAAACAUAAGUCUGCCUUCAAUUUUCUCUGUGAAGAUUCUGUCCUUUGGAAACAACAAGUGCAAACUUCUGCUCAACCAGUUCGUCCUUGUGCACCUGACCUUUGCUGAGGAAGGCUCACCCCCAGAGAGCUGUGGCUGCUUCCCCCUGGCUCUGCCUCCAGAAGCUGUGGGGAGAAUUGCAGACUCCCACUUCUGCAGGGGGAUCCUGUUCCUGUUGGACAGUGCUGGCUGGAUUUACAUAUUUGGCUGCUCUGAUGGUGCCACCUUAGGGAAGGUCAGUGUGGCCCUGGGAGCUGGGCAGGGGCAGGGCCCAGCCCCUGUGUCCCCCCUGGCUGGCCUGGCAGUGUCCCCUGACCUCAGCACAGCCGUGGUGACCAGCAGCAGCCACCAUGCCCUGGCUGUGCAGCUCACCCCCUACUUCAGACAGUUCCCUGAACAUUUGCUCUGUAAGAGAGAUCCUGAAAAUCUGCCAGUGAAGGCUGCAGAGGGCCUGGAUGAGGAUGAGCUGGCCAGUUCUGAGCACAGCAUGGAGCUGCUGGCGCUGCCCUUCCGCACAGACAGGUCCUGGAAGGCACACUUGUCCUCACUGUGGGACAGAGUGAGGAGAAAGAGAACACCAGCCUCUCCAGAUUUGGUGAACGACUUGAACUUGCCUUGGUAUCAGUUUUUUACCCACCUUGAGGAUCAUGAUCCUGAAAUCUGUGAGGAUCCAGAGAAGAUGGUGGCCUUUGUUCCCCGUGUUACGUGGGCGGCUUCCCGAGCACUGCAGAGCCAGGCUGCAGCCCCUGGGGGUGCAGGGCAGCAGUGGGCACAAAUCCCCCUGGGAGCAGCCCAGGAGAGGGUGACAGUGGAGUGCAAGCUGGUGACUGGAGCCACAGCUGUGUUUGUGGUGCAGGCUCAGCACACAGGGCUGUCUCUGGCACUCUGGGAUCUGGAGUCGCAGGCCGUGACGUGUUCCCACUUCGGCAGCAGCAGUGUCUUUGUGGAGUGCAGUGCAGAGGUGCCCCUGUGUCUGCUGCUGACAGAGCGUGGCCUGUCCCUGGUCCUGUUUGGUGUGACCCAGGAGGAGUUUCUGACCAGGCUGAUGAUGUUUGGCAGCGCUGGGGUCGUGGAUUCCGUGUGUCACCUCAAUGGCUGGGAGAGGUGCUCCAUUCCCAUCCAUGCCCUGGAGGCAGGGUUGGAAAAUCGCCAGCUGGACACAGUGGACUUGUUUUUAAAGAGCAAAGAAAGUGUUUUCAGCCUGCCUGCAGCCUGCCCUGGUUCUGAGCACCCUGGGGAAGGUUCCUCCCAGUCCUACCUGAGAAAUCUGGAGGAGCUCAGGCCAGCUUUGAACUUGCUCUACUCAGCAAUCCAAGACAAUGAUCAGGAGCCUCACAGCAAACAGUUCUCUGAGCAGCUCCUGAACCUCACCCUGACUUUCCUCACCAGGCAGCUGGAGGAGAUCUUUGUGCACACAGAGGAACCUGAUGAAUUCCUGCAGAAGGCUGCAGAUAUUUUAACUGACUACAUCAUUAAACUGAGAAAAUUCCUGAGGAAAUAUCCUCGCCCACCCGUGGCUCCAGGGCCCACAGAAGCUGACCUGGAUGAAGACCUGCCUGAGAUAGAAGAGAGCCAAGAAUGGGAAAAGCUGACACCAGAGGAAGUCAUUGCUGAGGCCAUCCUAAGCAACAAAAUACCAGAGGCCCAGAUCUUCUUCAGAAGGCAGCAGCAUCCUGCUGAGAGCCUGCAGGAGUUUCUGCAGACAGGUUUGAACCUGGCCUAUGACUGUCUGCUGAGGGGCAGCACCAGGGAGGCCUCAGAGCUGCUGAGGAACAUGGGCUUGGACGUGAAGCAGGAGUUGCACAAGAUCUGCUUCCACACCGAGGACAGGCACGUCAGGGAGCUGCUGGUGAAAGCCUUACAAGAAGAAAAUUAUUUUUCUGAAAAAGAGAAGAAAAUGAUAGACUUUGUGCAUCAGGUUGAAAGCUUCUACUCAGAGUCCUUCCAGGAAAAUGAAGAGACUCAGUCUCUUCCCAGGUUCAGCAGCUGCAGGAGGGAGCAGCAGGCAGUGCUGGUGCAGCUGGGCUGCAGCAGGAGCCUCAGGGUGAUGCUGAACUGGGCUCACUGGUGGGAUGAGCUGGUGCAGGAGAUGAUUCUGCUCCCCAGGAAACCACGCCAAGAACUGAAGAGCUGCAGUGCUGAGGCUCUCUGGAUGCACCUGACAGCCCAGCAUGACUGGGGCAGUAUUAGUUCCUGGAUUGAGGAGUCACAGCCCAGCCAGGCUCCCUGUGGCCCAGCUGCCUGGCCCCCCCUGAGCCCUGACAUCGUGGACAGGAGCACUCUGUGCAGCACCUACAUGAGACAGGACAUCCUGAACAAGCUGGCCAGAAAAGGAAUUUUUGUCCCUUCUGAGCUGGAAGACUUUGAGCUCCUGCUGCAGAGGUUGUCGUGCCUGGGGGGUGUCCUGCAGAAUCCUCACCCUGUUCCAAAAUACAGCACUGCCAGUGGCCUGGACUUCCAUGGGCAGUUUGUCCUGCACUGCCUGGAGCACAGCCUGCACUACCUGCUGUACACUUACCUGGACUACUACAGUCUGACCCCCUCGAGCUGCCCCAUCCUGGAUAACAAGGAGCUGCAGGAAGCACACCCCUGGUUUGAGUUCCUCCUGCAGUGCCGAGGGGUUGCCAGCAAUCCCCGAGAUCCCAAGAUGAUUUUCCAGGCCAGUCUGGCCAACGCUCAGAUGCUGAUGCCCAGCAGCCAGGGGGGUGUGAGCAGCAUCCUGCUGGAGGGCAGGACCCUGCUGGCCCUGGCCACCACGGUCUAUGGGCCUGGGGGCAUUGACCAGGUCCUUCAGAAUGAAGAUACAGAAAAACCUCUCAAGAAAGUUGAUCCACAGCUCUUAAAGAUGGCCUUGACCCCUUACCCCAAGCUCAAGGCUGCUCUGUUUCCCUCCUGCACUGCUCAUGGAAUUUUGCCCCCUGACAUCUCUCUCUACCACCUUCUGCAGUCAUUGAUGCCCUUUGAUCCCACGAAGUUGUUUGGCUGGCAGUCAACAAACACUCUUGCUGUGUCAGAUGGCUGCAGUGAGCUGCCCCACUUCUCCAGCCCGCAGCUGGUGAGCAGGCAUGCUGUGCUGGAGAGCCUGGAUUUCCUGUUCUACCUGCAGCACGGGCGCCCCGCCUUCGCCUUCGGCACCUUCCUGGGCCAGCAGCUGGCCAGCAGCAGAGCCCCCAGGCAGCUGGUGCAGCAGGCAGCUCGGGAGGCCCAGGCUCUGGCUCUCUCCUCCCUGGGGAUCCCCUCAGUGGCUGCAGCCUGUGUUUGCUUCCUGGAGCUGCUGGGGCUGGACAGCCUGUGCCUGCGUGUGGAGCUCAGGGCUGCCAGCAGGAUCUGCAGCACCAGCACUGGGGCCUCUCUGCACAGGGACUCCCUGGUGGAGAAGUUAACAAAGCUGGCUGAUGGUGAGAAAGCAGCAGCAGCAGCAGUUCUGACCUCCUUGGAAGAGGCUUUCUGGGAUUCCAUUGAGCGGCAGGGAAUAAAGAGGACCUGCAGUGAGUCCAGCAGGCAGUGGUCCUUGGUGAUGCAGUUCUGCCAGCUCCAUGGCCUGGAGCCGAGCACGUCCUUCCUCAGGGAAUGUGCCAGAUCCAACCAGUGGCUGCAGUUCCUCAUCCAGGCCCAGCUCUACGGCCACCAGCCAGCCCAGGUGCUUCCCCUGGUGCAGGAUUUCCCUGCUGUGGUGCAGGAUCACCUGGAGCUGGCCCUGGGGAGGCUGCUGAGUGCUGAGCCUGCUGCUGCAGGCAGGGCCCGUGCAGGGAGCCUGUUCCAGGUGCUGCUGCAGUGCCAGGAGAGCCCCAGCCCCUGCUGGGAGCUGCUGGCUGAGGGGCUCAGGGCCCAGGCCCCCAUCCUCAGUGUGCUGGCUGCCUGCUGCCCUGAUGCAAACCUCAUCUCCUGCCUGUGUGUUUGGAUCAUCACCUCUGUGGAUGAUGCCACCAGGGCUGAGGUGACCUCCCACACCCCCAGCUGGCCAGAGAGUCCCCAGUGGGACCUGCAGGACCUUGCUGUCAUCUGGAAAGUCUUCUUGAGGAAGCAAAAGAGUAAAACACUUCUCAAUGGCUUCCAGCUCUUUUUAAAGGAUUCCCCUUUGCUGCACAUCCUGGAGAUGUAUGAACUGUGCAUGAACCGUAAAAAGUACGACGAAGCCAAAACCAAACUGGACACAUUUCAGGAAAGCCUCACCAAACUGGCAGCUGCAGGAGCAGCCCCCGAGGUGCCGCUGCCCUGGCUGGAGUCGCAGGCGCUGUUCCUCCUGCAGCUGAUGCUGCAGCAGUGCCACACUCAGUACGAGCUGGGCAGGCUCCUGCAGCUCUUUGCUGCAGCAGAGAACCUCCUGAUGGAUGGGCCCUACAUGAGGAAACUCUGUGCCCUCAGUGAGACCCUGAGGGGCUCCUCCAUCCCCAUCAGCCCCUCCAUCCUGAGCCCCUGCAGCCUGGAGGUGUUCCAGGGGGAGUGCAGCUCCAUCCUGGAGCAGCUGCAGGAGCAGGGGAUGUUCAGCCUGGCUCGGGAGGUGGCAGCCCUGGCCGAGCUGCCCGUGGACGGCGUGGUCACACACGAGGUUCUGAGAGACCUGCAGCAUUUAAGAGACUCUGGACAGUGGCAUCAAACCCAGACAAGAGCCGAGUUCUGGAAGAAGUGCAACGACACCUUCACCAAACAUUGCAUCUGCAGCCGAGCCGCAGCCGAGUUCUUCCUCCAGCAGGCCAACCACGUGUGGGAGCCCCCCGGGCAGGAGGAGACCAGCAGCAGCAGCAUGGAGAGAGAGCUGCUGCUCACCCUGGCUGGCCACUGGCUGGCCCAGGAGCCCGGGGUGGCCGUGCAGGAGCUGGAGGAGCUGGAGCAGCAGAUCUGGCUGUGCCGCAUCGCCCGGCGGCUGCCGGCGGCCGAGGGCUCGGGGGGGGCGGAGCGGGCGGCGCUGGCGGCGCUGGUGGGGGCGCUGCUGGAGCAGGGCCGCGUGCACGAGGCCGCCCGGGGCUGCCACUACUUCCAGCUGUGGCACCGGGACGUGGCCCUGGCGCUGCACUGCAGGGCCCUGGCCUCGGGGGAGGCUGGGCUGGAGCAGCUGCAGCCCGAGCUGCAGGCUCUGCUGGCGGCCGGAGCGGGGACAGCCGGGGACGGAGCCAGCGCAUCCAGCCUGGAGGACUGGACCCCCCUGGGCUGUGAGGAUGAUGCCGUGGUGGCAGCGCUGAAGGCUCUGGCAGAGGAGUGUGUCCAUGGCAGGGGCUACUGCAGGCAGGUGCUGUGCCUCUAUGAGCUGGCCAAGGACCUGGGCUGUCCCUUCGGGGAGGUGUCAGCGCGGGACCCCCGGGAGGUGCUGGGGGCCAUCCUGGGGCGGCGGGGGCCGGAGCGGGGCCGCAGGGCCCAGGCCUUCAUCAGCUGCCAGGGGCUGUCCCCUGCCACUGUGGCACCCCUGCUGGCACAGCAGGUCACCCAGGAGCUGCUGGCCUCAGCCCAGGGCAGAGGGCAGAAGCAGGUUUGGAACCCUGCAGUGGAGAGCCAGGCCCUGCUGCAGCUUGCCAAGCUGUGCCAGGAUCACACCUUGGUUGGGAUGCAGCUGCUGGAUAAAAUCUCCUCUGUGCCCUGUGGGGAACUGUCCUGCAUCACAGAGCUGCUGAUCCUGGCCCACAGCUGCUUCAGCCUGACGUGUCACAUGGAGGGGAUCACACGAGUGCUGCAGGCAGCUCGGCUGCUCACCGAGGAACACCUGGCUCCCAGGGAGGAGUAUGGGCUGCUGGUUCGCCUGCUGACAGGCAUUGGCAGGUACAAUGACAUGACCUACAUCUUCGAGCUGCUGCACCACAAACAGCACUUCGAGGUGCUCAUGAGGAAGAAACUGGACCCGAGUGGGACGCUGAAGGCAGCACUGCUGGACUACACCAAGCGCUGCCGGCCCGGCGACAGCGAGAAGCACAACAUGAUCGCCCUGUGCUUCAGCAUGUGCAGGGAGAUCGGCCAGAACCACGAGGCUGCAGCCUGCACCCAGCUGAAACUGAUCGAGAGCCGGCCCUGGGAGGAGUCUCUUCAGGAUGUUGCAAAUUUGAAGAAGUUGCUGCUGAAAGCUCUGACUCUGUUCAUUGAUGCAGCAGAAAGUUAUUCCAAGGACUCGUGCGUGCGGCAGGCGCUGCGCUGCCGCCGCCUGACCCGCCUCAUCACGCUGCAGCUGCACUUCCUGGGCUCGGGCCAGAGCACGAGGAUCAUCAGCCUGGGCAGGCAGGAGCUGCCCGGGGCCAUCCUGGCCUUGCCCAGGUUCUACCAGGCAGCCAUCGUGGCCGAGGCCUACGAGUUCCAGCCGGACUGGGCAGAGGUUCUGUUCCAGCAGGUGAUCAGCAGGGGGGAUUUCCUGUACCUGGAGGAGUUCAGGCAGCAGCAGCAGCUGAGGCCUGGCCUGUUCGAGGAGGUGGCCAACAAGGUCAAACAACAGCAGCCCUCUGCUGAUGCUGCCCUGAGGAACCUGAAGAGGUUCCUCAGCCACUGUGAGGACAUCUACACCUACUACAGGCUGGCCUACGAGCACAAGUUCUAUGACGUGGUGAACUCCCUGCUGAAGGACCCUCAGACUGGCUGCUGCCUCAACGACCUCUUAUCCAGCUGAAUUCCUGCUGAAUUCCAGCCCAGCACAGACUGCAGGCUCAGUGCUGAUCAACACAGAUUUUAUCAAUGACCUGCUCACAGGGCUCUGCUGCUCUGCAGAAAUUACUCCAGAAGACUGGACAGGACUGUAAGUAUUUAAAAUACUGAGAUUGUGGUAACCUAAAAUUGCGCUUUGUAUAAUAAAUCUUAUUGUUUAUAAAUUAUUUGAGUCACCAACAAACACUGACUGGCACAGGUAGGGGAUGAAGCAGAGAUCCAGCAGCCCUUUAAAUCAGGGGCAAGGGGAGGGGGCACCCCAGGAAUUGUGUCCAGAGAGGCUGAAAAAAAUGUGCAGAACAUCCAGGCCAAGGGAGUGAAAUAAGCAGAAUCAGUGAAGGUUUCAGGUACAAAGUAGAAUAGAGUCCAGUCUCAUUUCUACAGCUUUAACCAGCACAUUCCUAAUUCUGCUGUCUUAGAGUAAAAGAAAUAAUCAAGUGCAAAUGUAUUUUUACAGUUAUUAAGUAUAAAUUCCUGUCC